AGCUAAGGCGCAGGCCGUCAAUGCUGAAACGCAAGCGGCCGCAACUGGCGAAGCUCCAGGACCAGGUGAUGGAACGAACGAAACGCCAGCAGGGGCGGGUGCAGAAUCAGGGGAAAAGAGUCAGGAUGAUAAACAAGUCGAUGGAAGCGGAGAGGGAAGCAAUUCCACUUCAGCAUCAGGAAGUACAGAGCAGACAUCGACUUCUGCAUCAGGAACAGAGGAAGCAAAGACUAGUAGCGAUUCUUCGGCUCUACCAGAGGAAACUCCAGAUGAAAAACUGGAUCGCUUGGAUGCUGACGCAGAACGAUCAUUGCACAGUCGUUCUGAUGCUGGAGAGACUGGAGAAGCAUUAGCGAACGCGAAGCGCGAGGUUCUGUUGGGAGACGAAUCGGGUUUGCGUGCGACUGGGGAGACCGUCUUCCCGCCUCUGAAACUGAACCGCUUAAUUGACAGUGUCCUCUUCCAACUCUCAGAGCGCGACAACUUGAUGGGUCAUCGCCGAGGGCGGCCAGCAUACGUGGACAAAGCAACCGACAAUGGCAUUCCAGAAGCAUGGAGAGACAACAAUGACUACGGAGGAAAAACCGACGCGACGGCAACAGCAGAACAGCAGGCGCCGCCUUCCGACCACGUCGGGGAAAAUGCUGCUCCUGAUGACGAGAAAAUCCCUCAAGAGAACAACGAUGCCGGUG